AUAUAUCCCCUCUCCCUCAAUUCCAACCAUCCAUCUACCUCUCACUUCCCCCUAUAAACGCCUUGAAUCGGAAUAAAUACUGAAACGGCCUCUCAGACCUCCCUCCUGCAAGCCCCACAAUACCCCCGAGAACCAUGCCUUCCCUUCCCUGCUCAGCCUCAUCACAUCUCGCUCUCGUCUCCUCUCCUCUCCUCUCAAGCUGUAACGGUCUACCCCAGAUUACGGAUUCUCCCGUAUUCAGGGGCUCCCCGCAGUCUCGAUGCCUCUUUUCGCAUAAUAUCCGUAGGGGGAAAAUCUCGCAACUGGUGCCCAUUCAUUACCUUUUUUUAAAACUAAGGUCCGAAGCAGCUCUCCAUCUCACAAAAUCCCCGCCUUUUCAUUCAUUCCAUACCAUAUUAUCCAUCUCGUUUCAAAAAAUACGUUUGGCUUGCUGUCAGGUACCUACUACGUUAGGAAACUAGGCAGCGAG